GGCGGGGUUAUACGGUGGGGCGUGUCCAAUCAAGCCCCUCCCCUCCCUCACCAGGCCCCGCCCCCUGCGGGGAAGAUGUUGGCGGCGCGCGCGUACGGGAGCGCGGGGCUGCGGCUGCUGCGGGGGGGCGGAGCGCGGGGUUACGCCCGGGAUGCCGAGGGCAGCUGGCUCCGCUCCCUCUUUGUGCACAAAGUGGAUCCCCGCAAGGACGCCCACUCCAAUCUCCUCUCCAAGAAGGAAACCAGCAACCUCUACAAGAUCCAGUUUCAUAAUGUGAAGCCCGAGUGCCUGGAUGCCUACAACCGCCUGACAGAGGAGGUGCUCCCCAAACUCCACUUGGAUGCCGACUACCCCUGUGACUUGGUGGGCAACUGGAACACAUGGUACGGCGAGCAGGACCAGGCAGUGCACCUCUGGCGCUUUUCGGGCGGGUACCCGGCGCUCAUGGACUGCAUGAACAAGCUCAAACAGAACCAGGAGUACCUGGAUUUCCGCAAGGAGAGGAGCCGGAUGCUGCUGUCCCGCAGGAACCAAUUGCUCCUGGAAUUCAGCUUCUGGAAUGAGCCUCUGCCGCGCCAAGGACCAAACAUCUAUGAGCUGAGGACGUACAAGCUGAAGCCUGGGACCAUGAUCGAAUGGGGAAACAACUGGGCUCGGGCCAUCAAGUACCGGCAGGAGAACCAGGAGGCCGUGGGUGGGUUCUUCUCCCAGAUCGGGGAGCUCUACGUCGUGCACCACCUCUGGGCCUACAGGGACCUGCAGUCCCGUGAGGAGACGAGGAACGCGGCCUGGAGGAAGCGGGGCUGGGAUGAGAACGUGUACUACACAGUCCCACUGAUUCGGACGAUGGAAUCUCGGAUCAUGAUCCCUCUCAAGAUCUCACCCCUGCAGUGACGGGGCGCGUGUUUGGGGGGUGCCUGUUUCCCCCUGCUCUCCUUCCGCCCCCAAUCCCGAUUUGGGGUGCACUGCGGGGGGAUGGGAGCAAGGAGGGGAAGGGGGGAGCCCCAGUGGUGCAGCAGAGGACAACACUGUCG